AUGGAAAAGCAGGAGAGCUGCAUGCCGCCCAGACUCGUGGACCUGGCCGCCCAGAGCCUUUUAGAGGAUGAAGCCGCUGCUGUGGCCGCCCUGCAGUCACUUCCCAGAGAAAGUUUUCCGCCCCUGUUCGUGUUGGCUGUUGCAGGGAGACGCUGCAGGACGGUCCAGGCGAUGGUGGAGGCCUGGCCGUUCCCCUACCUCCCUCUGGGGGCUCUGCUGAAAGCUCUCCCUCUGGGGGCUCUGCUGAAAGCUCUGGGGUGUCAUAAGGACAUCUUGAAGGCAGCCCUCAAUGGCAUCGAUGCGCUGCUAGCCCGUGACUUUCGACCUACACGUUGGAAACUCCAAGUGCUGGACCUCAGAAGCGACGCUGAAACCAACUUCUGGCACGUGUGGGCUGGGCUUGGGGACAGGGUCUCAGCGAGCCCCUCACGGGAGAGUGGGGCUGCGCAGCCCAGCCCAGAGAAGCGCGGAGUGGGACCCUCCAGCCCAGGGGAGAAGCAGCAGUUCGCCUCCACGGAGGUACUGGUGCUGCUCUCAGACCUGUGCUUCAUGAAGCCCCCUGUAGAUGCCCUGCUUCCCUUCCUGGUGAAGAGGGUCAAGCAGAACAAACUUAUCCCCCGACUGCGCUGUAGGAAACUGGAAAUUCUUGAUGAGCCUCUGGAAAACUCUAUUAUGCAUAUGAUCUUGGAAAAGGUCGAGCUGGCUCGUGUGGAGCAGGUAGAAGUGAACUGUAAGUGGAAUUUGGUUGACCUGGCUUUGUUUGUUCCUUUUCUGGGUCAGAUGAUUCAUCUGAAUAGACUGUUUCUCAGUGGUAUCCAGGUUCACGCCUCGAUCUCAAGAAAGGUAAAAAGGCUUUGGGCCAAAUUCACCACCCAGUUGUCUAAACUGCAACAACUUCAGCAUCUCGACCUCGACUUCAUGCGCUCUCCGGCAGGUCGCCUACACAAGAUGUUCAAGUACCUACUACCUCCCUUGGAGAGCCUCUCUAUAACUAACCGUGGCCUGAUGGAGUGUGACUUGAAAUACCUGUGCACGUGCCCAAACACUAGCCAGCUCCGUCGCCUGGAUCUCAGCGACCAACAGCUGACAUAUUUUAACCCUCACUAUCUUCACACUCUGCUGGAGAGAACCUCUGCCACCCUGGAACACUUGAACUUAGGUGGGUGUAAAAUGACAGAUUUCCAGUUCACCACCAUCUUGCCUGCCCUGGGCCAAUGCUCCCAGCUCCACUGCUUCAGGUUCCCUGGAAACACCCUCCCUAUGGCUGCCCUGGAGAACGUUCUGAGGCAUGUCCUCCUUCAGCGCAAGAUCCGAUCCCUAGAGAUGUCCUUCCCUGUGGAGUGCCAAAGGAUUAGAAAUUUGAGGGCUUUUGAGGACUGGCAGGACAUGCUUAUUAUGAUAGAGGUGGACCUAGGGGUGCAGCUAACGUGCUUCGAACCUGACCUGGAGCCCUGGAGAAGUUGCUAUUCAAUUUGGUUCGAUGUACAGAUGUGA